CUGUUGGCAUUUGGUGAGCAAGUGUCUCCACACCACAGUGAGGUUUCUGAAGAAAACUGGAGCUGAGCACUGGUGGUUGGAGCGGCACGUGAAGGAUCCCUUUGUCAAGGCAGCGAAGCAGCAGCAUUACCGUUGCCGAAGUGCCUUCAAGUUACUGGAAAUCGAUGACAAGCUUCAUAUUCUUCGUCCAGGACUUUCUGUUCUUGACUGUGGAGCUGCCCCCGGUGCUUGGAGUCAGGUUGCUGUAGAGAGAGUCAAUGCCUUAGGUACUGAUCCUGCUGUCCCCACCGGCUUCGUCCUUGGUGUUGACCUCCUUCGGAUUGCUCCUCUGGAAGGAGCAGUCUUCCUGUCAGAGGCUGACAUUGCAGACCCAGGCACGCUGAGGAUGAUCCAGAGUCUGCUUCCUGCAGAAAAGGUGGAUGUUAUCUUGAGCGACGUGGCACCUAAUGCGACAGGCAUCAAAGAAUUGGAUCACCAGAAGCUGAUCAAUCUAUGUUUAAGCCUUCUGAAUGUGUCCCAAAGUAUUUUAAAGCCAAAGGGAACGCUGCUCUGUAAAUUCUGGGAUGGGUAUGAGUCCCGUCUUCUGCAGAACAGACUGAAGGAGCAGUUCCAAGAUGUGAGAACUAUAAAGCCUCAGGCCAGCCGGAAGGACUCUGCUGAAUCUUACUAUUUGGCAAGACUCUACAAAGGGAAAUGAAGGCUGCGAACUGCAGAUUAUCAAACAGAUGAUCAGACACUCUGCAAAUCCGAAUCUGGUGUGUGUUUAAUGAAAAAUCCCACCAUUCAGACCC